GGGGUGCCCGGGGGGUCCCGCCAUGGCGGUGUAUGGAGCAGUCCCAGCAUUGUGGGUGUCAGUGCCAGUGACGCCAUAUUUGCCGGUGCCGCCGCUGUAAACAACAAAAAGUGUCUGAGGAGACAGACAAGAGCCGCUCCACAGGAUCUCAGGACAUUUUAUUUGUUGUUGUGGGUGAAUUGCUGCGCUCCUGCCGCCAGCCAUGUCUCUCGGAAUGUCUUACAAGGCCGGCCUGAGCGCGCCGCUCCCCGGACACCCCGCGGCCCCCGCUGGAAGUGCGCACUCCCCCUCCACUAGCAUGGCGUCCUCUGCACAGUACAGACAACUGGUAAAUGACUAUGGACCUCCAUCCUUGGGGUACACACAGGGUACCAGCAAUAACCAGGUGCCACAAAGCAAGUAUGCAGAACUCCUUGUGAUCAUAGAGGAACUGGGGAAAGAAAUUAGACCAACCUAUGCAGGCAGUAAAAGUGCCAUGGAAAGACUAAAAAGAGGUAUCAUCCAUGCACGAGGUUUGGUACGAGAAUGUCUGGCUGAAACAGAGCGUAAUGCCAGAUCUUAGCUGUGCCACAUGAAGCAUACAACAUUUUCUUUUUGGAAUUUCAGGGCAGUUUUCUGAAUAUUUAGCCAAGGGGAUUAACACUAUUUAGUCCCUUUUAAUGUACUGUAAAGCUGCUGAAUACAAGAUAAGAUUUUUACAAGUUAAAAGAAUUUCCAUAUAAAAAAAAAUAAAUAAAAAUUAAAAGUAUUACUGGCUCUUUUAAAUUAUUUUAAAGGGUCCAUGGAAAUUCAUACAUUGCAUCAUAAGCUUCAACUUAAUUUUCAUUUCUUGUACAUUUAACAUUAUCCAAGUUCUUCUACCAACCUUUCUGCAUUGUACGCUAAAUAAUUUUGUGUUUUUAUAAGAACAAUGCAUGUUUUCUUUUGCCAAGUGGGUUGUGUUUGUUUGCGUCUGUCAUAUAGUAAUCAUGUUUUAUUCCAGCCCUAAAUAAUCUGGUUUCCUCCCCAAAUGUCAUUAACUUUUAAUAAUGUAUAUCCCGUCUACCCCUUUAAAAAUUCUGCACAGGAAUGAACAUUCUUUACAAAUAACUUGUUUAACAUAGCACAAAGGAUGUUUCUAGCCUAAUGAUGUCAUCUGCCUCAUUUGGAGUGAAUAGUGAAUAAUCUAAAAACCUGCGUCUUCUGGAAGAAAUUAUUGAUCACGGAUUUUCCUCUGAAAAGUGACAUAAAUGUUAGCUACGUAAAAAUGCUGUUGUGUUUUCUUAUGACCGGGCUAUCAUUGACCUAUGCAUUUGCAUGUAUAAACACCUUUGACAUCCAUUCAACAUGCAUGACUUAUUUAAGUAAGAGAACUCUUGUUACUUUUCCAUGGAUAGAUCUAUGCAUCUGCCAAAACUGCAAAUAAAAAAAUACAAAAUAUUUAGACUAAGGCUGUUAAGUGUAGACAGAUAUAAAAAAAAAAAAAAAAAAUCCAAUGGAAACUAUUUGCA